GGAAGUUAUCGACACGUGGCAGGACCGUGUUUCCCGCCCGUGAGUUAUCUAUCCAAGGCUGUGCUGGGUAGUCAGUGUGAGCUGUCCUUUCCCACCAGGAUGAGCCUGCCGGCAAACCAACCUAAGGAGGCCAGCCAGGAGUCUCUGCCCGCAAACCAACUCAAGGAGCAGAGCCAGGAGCCCCGGAUCGUGUGCUCCGACCCGGACAUCGUUGUGGAGCUGAAUGUAGGAGGGCAGCUCUACACCACCACCAUGGGUACCCUGAUGAAACAUCCAGGCUCCAAGUUUCCAGAGAUACUGUCCAGAUCAGCUAGACACUACAAAGAUGCACAGGGCCGCUUCUUCAUUGAUCGUCCUGGCACCUACUUUGGGCCUAUCUUGGACUACCUACGCACUGGGCAGGUGCCCAAAGAGCACGUUCCUGAGGUCUACCGUGAGGCUAAGUUCUACCAAAUUCAUCUUCUGGUCAAGAUGCUGGAGGAUAUGCCACAGAUCUUUGGGGAGCAAGUGGCCCGAAUGCAGUUCUUGCUGGGAGUGCCAAACUACAGAGAGAACCUGGAGGUCCUGCUGCACCUGGCUCGGGCAGAGGCCGUGGCGAUGCGCUCGUCAAAGGUGGUGGUGUGUGUGGUGCACACGGAGGAGGAGGAUGCCAAGUGUGCAGAGCCGUUGCAUAUCUUGGAGGCCAAAAAGACACCCGUUGUCAAAUUUGGGCCCUGGAAGGCAGGCCCUGGGACAGAGGACUUUGUGCACUGCCUGGAGAAGGACAUUAGAGCCCAGGGGUAUAAGGUGUCCCCUCAGAGGUACCAUCUGAGUAGGGACCCCUACACAUGCUUCUGGAUAUUCGUCUUCACUUGGUGGUGAUUCCUAGGAGGGGGUGCUGUUGGUUAGGGGCCGUGAUGGGACUUGUGAAAUCAAUUUGCCAUCAAAAUCCAUGUUCUAAAGCUGAGCCUGUAGUUCCAGCCCUUGGGAGGCUGAGAUAAGAAGACUCUCAUGAGUUCAAGGCCAGCCUUGGAUACAGACUGAAACCCCAUUGAAAUGUCUCAGGAGAGGCCAGGCUACCCUCACUCUGCACCUGCUCCCCUCUGGAUCCACAUCUGCUUGCCAGAAUAAAGUAGGGUUUCUCCCAUCUUCUGAGAAAUGAAGCUUGCCAAAUGUUUAACAAAGUGUAGCUGGAAAUUUCUCUGGUCCCACCCUGCCCCACAGUCCCACAACCACUUAUAAAA